UUUUCGAAGUCUGCGCACUUCACUUUGGGUCACAGCUAGUGAAUCUCGCGUAAUAAUCAAACGGAACAAUUGAUUUGCCUUUAAAUCACGCGUUAAUUUAUGGAACUAGUGCUUAAAGCAGCGCGGUACCGCACGGUAUUUAAUAGACGCGUCACAUGCUUCAGGACUCACGAGCAUACGUUACAAUGGCGUCUUGGAAAACAAGGGGAAGGUUGUUAAUUAUAUUAAGUUCUUUCACAUGCAUUACUUUCAUACACUGCAGAAGUCUGCUACCGUUUUCUGGAACAGAAAAAACGAACGAUGAAGGUGGCGACGAUAUAUCAGAACAGUUUAUGUCAGACCACAAUUUUGUGCCUUUAGCUGAUUUUGACCAUCACCGUUACGACGCUGGAGUUUCAGGUCUUCAGAAGAAAUCAUUAAUUAAAGGGCAACUACUCAGUUCUUCUGAAGCAGCCUGGGAUGCCAUGUCUCCAAAGUUGAGGUGUGGCGACGAUCUUAUGAAGUUAAAACUCAGUGGUCCAGAAGUAGCAAAUGUUGAACUCUGUCGAGGUAAUGGGGUGCCUGUUCCUCUCACUCAGUUGCCACCUCACUGUGGACACACCACACUUGCUUAUGGAGGUCUUGUUUAUGCUACUCCCUAUGAUGGAUGUGGUGUUGUGCAACAGGAAGGGUAUUCUGUGAUGCAGAUACAGUGGCAGGGAAACUCGGCAGUCCUUUCUUGUCCUAUGACCUCUACCACUGCAGAUGAAACCUUCCUGGGACCUCAUCCUCCUGAAUAUCUGCAUGUUCUGCUGCCUCCCUUUUCUCCUGAAACACCAAGUCCAGAAGCACCUGUAAUGCCACAAGCGUCUGAUACUGUAACAUUGAAACCAUCACCUCCUUGGUACCCUCAAGUAUAUCCGCAAGGGUUUUGGCCUUUCCCUCAUCUUUAUCCUGGAAGGGUUUAUUCCAUAGCUAAGCAAACAGAGAAACCUGUUACAACUACCCUAGUUGCCAAAGCACCAACUGAAGAGCCUCAACCUCCCAAAUACCCUCAGAUGUCUUGGCCACACUACUACCACCCUGAUUACCUCUAUCAUGGCAGACCAAAACCCACUCUAAAACCUGUUCCAACCGAUGGCUCUAACACUGAAUCUGAUCCCCAAGCACCAACUGAAAAGCCUCAACCUCCCAAAUACCCCCAGAUGUCUUGGCCUUAUUACUAUCCUGGUCACCCUUAUGGCGACCCAAAACCCACUUUGAAACCUAUUCCAGCGGAUGGCUCUAACACUGAAUCGGAUCCCCAAGCACUACCUGAAAAGCCUCAACCUCCCAAAUACCCCCAGAUGUAUUGGCCACACUACUACCACCCUGAUUACCUCUAUCAUGGCAGACCAAAGCCCGCUGAGAAACCUGUUCCAGCUGAUGGCUCUAACACUGAAUCGGAUCCCCAAGCACUACCUGAAAAGCCUCAACCUCCCAAAUACCCCCAGAUGUAUUGGCCACACUACUACCACCCUGAUUACCUCUAUCAUGGCAGACCAAAGCCCGCUGAGAAACCUGUUCCAGCUGAUGGCUCUAACACUGACUCAGAUCCCCAAGUACCAGCUGAAAAGCCUCAACCUCCCAAAUACCCCCAGAUGUCUUGGCCACACUACUACCACCCUGAUUACCUCUAUCAUGGCAGACCAAAACCUGCUGAGAAACCUGUUCCAGCCGAUGGCUCUAACACUGAAUCAGAUCCCCAAGUACCAGCUGAAAAGCCUCAACCUCCCAAAUACCCCCAGAUGUCUUGGCCACACUACUACCACCCUGAUUACCUCUAUCAUGGCAGACCAAAACCUGCUGAGAAACCUGUUCCAGCCGAUGGCUCUAACACUGAAUCAGAUCCCCAAGUACCAGCUGAAAAGCCUCAACCUCCCAAAUACCCCCAGAUGUCUUGGCCUUAUUACUCUCCUGGUUACCCUUAUGGCAGGCCAAAGCCCACAGAGAAACCAGCUUCAGCCACCCCCACUGCUCACCCAUCAGGCUCGCCAGCAACAACCCAGACGCUGCAGCCCCCAGCAUACCCUGGAAGUCUAUUCCCUCAGUAUAGCUAUUACCCUGAUUAUCCUUCCUAUUUGCAAGCGUUUUAUCCACAAUACCCAGUUCAGCCUCCCAAAACUCCUACUGCACCGCCUAUAACCACCACUCCUCAACCCUGUACUACAACUGCAGCUGCUGAAUGCAAACCCUUUGCCAACCAGCCUCCCAAUGUGCCACCCCAGCAGUAUAUACCUCCCAGUUCUGUACUUUAUGAAAAAAACCCUUUCGUGUUUCAAUUUGUGGACUUUUUGGAUCCCAACUCUUUCCCAUGAAGUUUUGUUAUGAGGACUGAGGCCAGAUGCUUAGAAUUACGCUGGUAAUGUGCUGCAUGUGUCUUUGAAAAAGAUUGCCUCCUGAUUUAAUGCUAAUACUGCAGAGUGAUUCCUGCUCAUGAACAUGCUGGUUUGUGCUUAGUUUUGUCCUAAUUGUCUCAAAAAAUUCAAUAAAUCAGAUAUGAUC